GUCUCCUUGCAAUUGUAUCUAAUUAGAUACGCACAAUUAUAAUCUUCUUAAUGUAAUCUCUAGAAAUGUAACGUGUAUUUGAUGAUGUCUCCUCAGGGCUACCACUUGUAGAAUUCCAUUGAAGACAGAACCACAAUGAAUGAGCUGGAUGAUUACGAAUACAAUUACACAAAUUACAUUGAUUAUUUGUCUGAUUCUGAACUGGAUACAAGCGUCAGUUAUCCUGUGGAAGUUUUAUCUAUGGUCUUUUACAGCAUAACCUUCAUCCUCGGUGUCCCAGGCAAUGGGAUUGUUAUCUGGAUAACUGGGCUGAAGAUGAAAAGAACAGUCAACACAACCUGGUUUUUGAAUUUGGCCAUUGCUGACUUCAUCUGUUGCUUGUCUUUACCCUUCUCUGUAGUCAACAUUGCACUGAAUUAUCGAUGGCCAUAUGGCAAUGCUCUCUGUAAAGUUAUUCCUUCAGCGAUUGUUUUGAAUAUGUUUGCAAGUGUUUUCAUACUUACACUGGUCAGUGUUGAUAGGUGCACUCUAGUCACUAAACCAGUGUGGUCCCAAAACAACAGAACUGUCCGGCUGGCGAAUUUACUUUGUGGCAUUGUUUGGCUGUUGGCAGUGAUUAUGUGUUUACCUACUUUAAUCUACAGAGAAACCUGGUUGGAGAACAACAUAACCAUAUGCGUUUAUCGUGAGCAUGAAGACACUGUGGGAAUUAAAAGGGUAUUACACAGCACCAGGUUCAUAUUUGGAUUCUUGGUUCCCUUUAUCACCAUCACAACAUGUUACACUCUGAUAACACUGAAAGUAAGACGCAGUCAGUUUUCCAAAUCCAGUAAGAUGUUAAAAAUCAUUCUUGCAGUGAUAGUUUCUUUUUUUAUUUGCUGGAUACCUUAUCAUGUCAUUGGAGUUUUGUAUUCAUUUGCAGCUCAAAUGUCUGACCUGGCAAACACUGUUCAAAUUCUUGACCCACUGGUCAUUUGCCUUGCCUACAUCAACAGUUGCCUUAACCCUCUCCUCUAUGUGUUCAUGGGACAGGAUUUCAAGGACAAAAUUAGAACCUCACUCAGAAAUAUACUGGAAAGUGCCUUCAGUGAAGACGUAACUCGCUCAACUUUGCAUUCCAAAGCAAGGUCUUCAGGAGGUGGAACUUCAUGUGAAACAGCUACUUGAAGCUUACUUGAUUAAACCUUGACCUUUUGGUUGCCAAUCCCAAAUGCAUGACAAAAGGAGAUUGCUGCAUUCAAAUUGUAAUUAAAAGUGAACCUUUUGUGAAGUUAAACAUACCAGUUAUCUUUCAAUGCCCAGCUAUUAAGGAUGUUUCAUUCUUAUCCUUAUAAAUAAACUCAAGAUUAGAUGAAGACACCACCAGGAAAAAAAAAAACAACAGCAGCCUUAAAAGAAGACAGGUCAAAAUGAAUCUGAGAAGAAAAAUAAUAGUCCAGAAAUUGUAUAACCAGGACCCCUUAAUGGAAUUAUGUACAGUUGGGUUUACGUUAUUCCUUAAAUUGGAAGUGGUCAAUGAAAUAAGCAGGAGGGCUUAGUGAACAAGUAUGUCAGUAACCUACAUCCCCUGCUACAACUCGCAAACAAUGUUAUUGAUGUGAUGUAUAUCAAUUAUAAGAGUUUAUUUACUGUAUAUUGUAAUUAACAUAUAAUCACAAACUGUCUGAUAUGUUCCAAGUUUGGGAAGAUUCUUAAACCUAUAAUGUCAUCAGCUAGCUUUUAACAGUUGUAUCAGAAUAUCAAAGAACAUGGGAGCUGAUUGCUGUACUGUUUA